AUGAAAACUCGUCGUGCGUGGCAUUAUGUCACAUUAGAUGCGACUGGCACGCUUAUCCGUCUAGCAGAAUCUCCAGGACAAACUUAUCUUCGCUUUUGGGAGGCAGCAUCAGAUCAGUCAUUCUCUUCGUCGCGCCGCGCCGCACUAGCCGCCGCACUUACGUCACAAUUUCCAGCCGAGUUUAGCUUCCAAUCACGCCUCCGUCCGAACUUUGGAUCAAACGGUGUAGCGACGUCUGCUUUCUCAUGGUGGCGUGAACUUGUACUAAAUUUAAUGAAACGCGUUGGAGUGGCUGACUGCAUUAAAGUUAAUGCAGAGCAAAGUGAGCGAUUUACCAACCAACUUUAUGCUCAUUUUGCCCGUCCAGAGGCCUGGAAGGUGUUUGACGACGUGCGUCCAACGCUCGAGAAACUGCAGACAUCCGGUGUAUCUAUUGGUGUCAUUUCAAAUUUUGACGAAAGACUGGAGCCACUUCUAAUCGAACUUGGACUACGAAGUUUUUUUAACGUUGUCACAACGUCUUUUGGCCAACCCCAAAUGAAACCACACGCAUCAAUUUUCUAUUCGACAUUCCAGAAGCUACAACAUGAAGAUGGAGAUGUGAAAACAAGCAAAUUUUUGCAUGUGGGCGAUCACUUGAUCAAAGAUUACGAGGCUGCAAAGGCUGUAGGCGCAAAUGCCUUGUUAAUAUGUAGAAGUUGUCAGGAAGCAAAGCCACUUGAAAUGUUGGAUCGAAUUGAAACGCUGCAGCAAAUUUUACUUUAG